CCCAACCGUUGCUAUGACUACAACCACCGGUACAAAGAUGUCCCCUCCUCCACCACCAUCAGCCGCCACGCCACAUCACGCCCCGAGUACUGGGAAGCCACCAAUUGAGACCUCUCCACCCACAGGACCUACUACCAUAACCACUACCAGUCCCAGCACACCGACUGGUCACAGCGCGCCUGUCGCCCCGGGGCCGAGGGUUCCCGUGGUAGACGUGGCGGGGGCCCCUCUGACCAAGCAGCUGGUGGACACGGCGUCCUUGCUGUCCGUCCUGCUCUUCGGCCUGCUCUUCUUCCUGGUCACAGUGGCCGUGUUUGUCACGCAGGCCUACGACAGCUACCGGAGGAAGGACUACACCCAGGUGGACUACCUGAUCAACGGCAUGUACUCCGACUCUGGGGUGUGAGGGGGGGAAGGGGAAGGG